AUGCAUGAGCAUCCCGCGGUGCACAUUCCAUCUACACAACGAGCCAUUGUCUCACCGACGGUUAGCGACAAGCUCAAUGCAGUGCAUCGGAUUAUCCCAGUAGGGGACCCCAAGCCAGGCGAAGCCAUGGUCCGACUUCUAUAUACAGGUAUUUGCCGCAGUGAUGUAUCCUUCUCGAUUGGGCCUUACCCUGGCUUUCCCUCGAGGGAUUACAUUGCCGGUCAUGAAGGCCUUGGCCACGUUGUUAAAGCUCACGACCCAUCAAUCCUUGGAAAGCUGGUCGGCAUCCGAUAUCUGGGUAGCUCGUGUCAAAGAUGCGUCUACUGCCUUCGAGGGCUACCCACCUCGUGUCCAACGCAGGUAAACAUACCAAGACAGGUCAUGGGCACCUUUCAACAAUUUGUUACGUUGCCAGUCUCGUGUCUACUUGACCUUCCUAACGAUCUGAUCGAUGGCGGAAUUCCUCUACAAGUGUACACAGCGGCUCUCUGUUCAGGCUCUACGGCUCUUGCGGGCUUGAAAAUGGCCGAAGUUGGCCACGGAGAUGUAAUACUCGUCAUGGGCAUUCUAGGGGCCAUUGGUCAUCUUACGGGCUCCAUCGCCAAGCAUGUCAUGGGCGCGAAGGUGAUCGGCGUAGAUCUCAAAUGGAAGAUUGACCAGCUGCCGGCAAAUGCUAAUCAUUUUGGAGACGUGUUUUUACCUGCACCCGAAGCUAGCAGCCUAACAUCGUCCUGCGAGUUUCAGCAUCAGCUAUCGACAACUUGCACUCUACUGCGUAAACAUACAAGCUUUCAACGAAAUGCCGACGUGGUCAUCGUUGCAAGUAGCUGUGCAGAAGCCUUUGAAAGUCUUGAGAACUAUGUCUGUGAUGGUGGCAGAAUCGUCUGCUUAGGAGUACCCAAAGGCCGGAUUUCGAUUUCUACGCCAGUGAAUAGUCUGGUUGAACGCAAUUUACGAAUAUCUGGUACUCUGAUGGGCGGGCAUCAAGAAGCACUGGAGGUUAUCUCGUACAUUCAGUCAGGGCUGAUUUCUCCCCUCACCGAGACUGUGCCUUUAUCAAAGGUGCCUGAGCAGAUGCAAAGGCUCCUUGAAUGUAAGGUGACUGGAAAGAUUGUCGUAGAGUUCAAUAAUUCAUUAAAAGGGUUAGAAUAG